AUGUCGAGCCUCGGCAAAGCCAAAGGCUGGACCUGCGCACAAACCAGCGGCGCAACGAACCAAGACCUCCAAAAUGCCGUCGACGACUUUGGCAUCGUCUUUACCCCCAACACGCUGACCGUCGAACCCAAACACUGCUAUGUGUCGAUCUGCGGGAAGUACUACUUCAGUCUGUGUAACUACGGGCACAACAAUUCGACUGAACCUGUUGGUCAGAGGAUGCGGGCUAGGGAGUGGGGUCUUCCUGGUGGGGAUGGGACGGAGUGUCGUGGGAAUUUUGGGGAGAAGGUCAAUUAUGAUUGGUACGAGUUUGGGUUGGCGGAUGAGCUGGAGGAGACUUGGAUGGAUUCGGAUACUUUAAGCGACAAGAUGCUCGCCAGUCGAAUCAACGCCCACGAAGUCGCCACUCACUGGCCAGACGAGGAUUGCCAUCGCCUCGUCAAUGAGUUCAACAGCGGCAUUUACGGUAUCGACGCCGUCAUCACGACAUUCGCGGCGCUCAAAAUCCCUGCCCCAGCUAAUAAGGUGACAGAAAUAUCAACUAUCAGAGUUAGAGGUUCCAAGGAGCGAGGCAGACGGGACUUGGAGGGGCGGAGUGUGUGUCAGCACACUCUAAGAUCCUUUAAGUCUAUACUAAAGUAUACGAGGCUUACCUAA